AAAAAUAGUCGGGUUUGUACGCUUUGUGCAGUAAAGUUGUUGUUUUUUUCGUGUUAAUUUUAAUUAAUUUUCCACUUAACUACGAAAUUGGCUAGGAAAUGAGGUUCGUAAAGCCGAAAUUGAUAACAUUUGAUGUUACUGGAACUUUAUUAAUGACUAAAGUGGAAAAAUAUUACGCUGCUGCCGGAGCUCAGCACGGUGUUUUGGUUGAUCCGAGUAAGUUAGCGCGAAGUUUUAAAACCAACUUCAAACAAAUUUCCAAAGAACAUCCAAUUUUUGGUAAACAUACUGGUAUGGGAUCGGAAAAAUGGUGGAGAACACUUGUUUAUGCGGUAUUUAAGGACCAGAUUUCUAAUAUUCCAGAGGAAAAACUUUCGAAGGUUGCGGACACUGUGAUAGAAUGUUACCGAACGAGGAUGUGCUGGGAAAUUUAUCCUGGUGCAGUGGAGAUUCUUGAUUAUCUCCAAAAGGAGGGCAUUCUCGUCGGAGUAAUAUCCAAUUUUGAUGAUGGCCUUGAUUCCAUUCUACAAUCUCUGGACAUUAAAUCGUACUUUUCCUUCAUUCUCUGCUCUUAUCAAUUUGGAAGGGAAAAACCAGAUUCUCAAAUUUUCGAGGAAGCCCUUAGGAUCUUCCAAAACAUUAAAGAGACACAUAUUUUCCCACAGGAGGCUCUACACAUCGGCGACAGAGUCGAUACUGAUUAUCUCGGGGCAAAAAAUGCAAAAUGGAAUGCUAUUUUUAUAAAACGCGACGAUGAACCCGUAGAUCCUCUGGUGUCAAAAUAUGAUAUCGUCAGCGAUCUUGAAGACUUGAAAAUUAAUUUUGAAAAGGAUUUUAGUCAUUCGAAAGUUAAAACCUAAGAAAAACUCAGAUUUUUUUAGUUUCUUUUAUAAAAAAGAUUUUUUCAUUAUUAUUAAUUUUUAAAUGAUAUUCUUAUCUUAAUAAAAGUAUUGACAAAUUUGAAAAUUUCAGGGUGGCGAUUUGACUUCUGAUCGCACUAAAAUGCAAGUUUUUAUUAUUUAAAUAAUUUUGGUCAAUUUAGAAAAGUGA